CUGGCGGCAAACGUCACAACCUCCCCAGCCAAGGUGUCAUCUUCACCAAACUGAGCGGCGGUGUAGCUGCGUUGUGUUAGAGCAAAAAAAUGCCUCGAUCAUUGUCCUCGGGGAUGGUGCAGGAGGGAGGACGACUUAGCAGGCCCCCGGAGAAUCCUACACCCCACAAAACCCCAGAGACUCCUGAUACCCCGUUAAAUGAAGAGGAGUUAACCCCAGUACCGAUGGCUGGUAAUGAUGAAGAACCUGACGUGUACAUUGACACCAAUACAGGCAAGAAGAUGACAAACGUCACCCCAUGCUGCGGUUGUAGGACGUGCGACGCCCGCUUCCCGCUGGAGAUGGACGAGGAGACCAGCUACGUGUACCGGGAGGCCAAGUACUGUAAGCUCUCCUACACCUUCAUCUCCUCCUGGUGUCUGAUGCUCUUCGUCGCUACAGCUGCCUCGUCAGGAAUCAUCGCCAUCGGCUUUCUUGACAAGGAACUCAUCAAGUACCAGGUCGUCGGCAUCGUCCUCACCAUCAUCUUCGGUGCAGCCUUGCCAGUGUUCCUCGUAUUCUGGGUGUGUCUUCGUCGGCGUGAGGCUGUGGUCCGCCGCCGCUACCGUGCCCAGAAGAACAGCGAACAAGUGCUGGAACGUGAGGGGGCUCUACCUCCUGACGACAAAAAGAAGAAUAAGGAAAAGAAGGAUGAGAAUGGGAAGUGCAAGACCAAGAAAGAUAAACUAGAAGAGGACGACAAGGAGGAUACCAAGAUUGAGACGCCCCCGACGCCUGGGUCUAGUGGCGACACCCAGUUACUGAUGGCCUGAAGCAAUGACACGUCUCCGCCAGGAUACUCGUGGCCUCAGGACCAGAGGAGAUAGUCAGGACCUUUCCUAAAGUAACUCGCAGCAAUGUUUUUAAAUUAGACAAAUUUAGACUUAGGCGCGAGACACUGUCGGUAAACACUGGUUUGGAAAUAGAUUAGUGGGUGAGUGGAACACGUUACC